AACAUCAGACCAGCACUCAAGAAGGCGAAGCGGUCCAGAAGCAACCUGAUCGAGGCGGCUGCCAGCUGCAUGAUCUCCGACGAUGACUUCCGCCAGAAGCUGCACAAGUUCCUGCCCGUGUGCCAGGACAGCCAGCGCCCGCAAAAGAUCCGUCUGCGCGAUCAGGAGUUCAACUACAUCGCCGAGCUCCUCCUCAUGCGCGGAAAGAGGGAGUGGGCUCUGCGGCCGAGGCACUUCGUGAUACUCUACAUGAUCGGCCUCGAGCAGGCCAUGGACUCAUUUGUUACCGACGAGCGGAGUGAUUACUUUCUGCCCUACACGGAGGAUAACCUGCCCGACGCCCUGACGGGGGAGAAUAGGGCGCAUUUUCUGGCAUAUCAGAAUCAUGUGCUUGACGGCCAGGGGGUCAGUUUGGAAUCGGGGGGAGCGAGACACCAGAACUGCCAAGGAGAUGCACGGAGCAAGUUCUUCUACACCAAACGGAGGCUGGGUCAGGGAGGGUCUCAGAUCUAUCGGUCGCAGGUCGACCAUGUGAUUGGCAAGCACAGCCUGAUGCACUUUGCUCUCAAGACGAUACCCCGGCAGCAUAUUGACGACACGAAGGACCGGAAGAUCCUGAAGCUCUUCCAGAACGAACUGGAGGUCUUGCAGUUUGUCGACCAUCAGCACAUUGUCAAGGUGGUCGGGUCGUACACCGAUGCGAGCGUCGUCGGCAUCCUCAUGACGCCGGUCGCAGAUCAGGAUCUUGCGGCCUUUCUGGAGAAGAAGCUCCCCCCGGCCGGCGAGGCUGACCGACGCCUACGCAUCCGGACCUUUUUUGGAUGCAUUGCCACCGCCAUUGACUACCUGCACAACAACAAGAUCAAGGGUGUGCAGCACAAGGACAUUAAACCCAAGAACAUUCUCGUCAAGGAGAGCAAGGUGUAUCUGACAGAUUUCGGGACUGCGCAAGUGAGAAGGGAAGAUGUCGAUGACACUGCCGAGUCGUCCACAAACCCCAGCAUGAAGUUUGUUUCCAAGAGAUAUGCACCCCUCGAGGCGGUCAUCGGGACUCGGACACGUGCAAGUGAUAUAUGGUCUCUCGGCUGUGUCUUCGUCGAGAUGCUGACCGUGCUUGCCGGGAAGUCCAUGCAUGACCUCAGCCAGUUCCUGCAAGACAAAGCCAAUGGCUCUGGGUCAACUGCUUAUUAUGAGAAUGAGCGAGGCCUCCAGGCGUGGCUGCAAUACCUGCGGGGCAUCUUAUCGAAUGAGGAGAACCCGCAGGAUGCCAUUCUCGUUGAUGUCGUGGAAGCCAUGUGCAGAUCCAAAAAGGAAGAGAGGCUCACGGCAAGCGACCUGGUCCGGAGGAUCUUCAAGCUGGAGGGAGCCUACCAUGGCCUCUGCUGCAGUGACCGGUCACGCCCUCAACCAGGUCACCAACACCCAGUCUCGUAUGAAACAGACCUGUCGCACUCGGACAUUUUGGAGUCUUGGGAGUCGGACACGUUAGAUGUCACUGAUGUGGAAGACUGUGACACCGUGACCGAGCCAGUGAACGUCCCUGGAGAAGAGGACAAGGCGGCCAAGAAUUACACUUCCCCUGUUGUGGAAGACGGCGACACUACAUUGGUAGUUUACAACAACCCACCAAAGGACCCUCGGAAUCUUCUGGAGGAUGUUACUGAGUUGAUCCCACCACCUCUCAAGCAAACCAGCAAAACCGGAAAUCCUGCUGAAGAUGUGGGCAUAUCAGCGCCAUCUUCAAGAAUACCGGAUGACAUGAGGCAUGCUUCACGACCUUUCGUCUCUCCGGAAUCCACAGCGCUCUGUCCAUGGCCAGGGUGCAGUCCCGGUCCGGGCGUCUCUUGUCAGGUAUUCGACAGCAUGGACAAGCUCAGGCAACAUCUGCGCGACACGCACCUGGUCCAUGACUUUGGCUGGACCCAUCUGCAAAAUGAUAGCGGGACGGCCACGCUCGAACCUGAGGCCGGUCGAUUCGAGCUGAAAAGGACCAAGCGUGUGCGGUUCUCUGGGCUUCCAGAAGAGCAGGUUGUCCAAUCCAAGGCUCUGCAGAGGAGCCACAGAGAUCGGUCAAGUGGUACGUAUAGCAUCAAGGCCGAGAUGCCUCAUGCUCCCGGCACGGCCAGUGCAGCGCAGACCAGAGCGUGCAAAGAGCUGGGCAUUCCCCCAAAUACAUAUGUUCCGUCAUAUCUUCUCGCUGCAAGCAAUCGAUUCUCAGCACCGCAGCUGCGUCAACGUCUGGCCACCGAGUAUCGUCGGCCGCUCUUUGUGUACGGAACACUCAUGUUCCCCAGCGUACUGCGCGCCCAAGCGGAGCAUUUCCUCAAUCCUGAUGGCAUUUACUCGUCUAGUCAGGGGAGGCGCCUGCGCACGGUGGAAAGCGACUGGGACAGAAUCAACGACGGGAUGAGGGAGGCCGCCCAGCACGGGACGCCUGCGGUUCUGCCAGGCUACUCGAGAUUUUGUCUCCGCCAGUACAGCCUAGCGUACAUCCAACCGAACGAGCAAGGCGAGACGGGCGGAUUCCUCAUAUUUGGUCUCUCGGCCGAGGCACUGGCCUGUCUGGAUCAUCUUUACGAGAAAGGCGGCCCGCGUCACUUUUUUGACGGGAGACGAGAAGAAUCCGGUUCAUGGGGGAUGACUGAGCUGGUGCGGCAGCGAGUCACUGUCCGUAUUAAUAUCAAAGACGGUGACACGAUCAAGAUUGAGGCCGACACGUAUGUUGCCAAUGCCGAGGAGUGGAGUGUACCAAAGUCCGCCAAGCCAUGGGACAUGACCCAAUUCCUCUGUUCUAGGAGUUAUGGAAAGAUCACCCAGUUGCCAAGAAGGGACAUGUCAAGAAGGGACAUGAUCGAGGAGCAAUCGAUCGCCAAAGAGCUGGGCACCAACAUGGUCCUGCCCGGUGACAAGCUUGUGGAAGCGGUGCUGGACAACAACUACGACGGGCUGUGGUCCUUGAUAGAUGAGGGCCAGGACGUCGACAUGGCAUCCAGCAUAUACGGCACAGCACUGCAAGCCGCGGCGAGCAAGGGGAAUAUUGCUAUGAUGCACCAGUUGAUCGAAGCUGCGGCAGACAUCGAUGCUUCCGGUGGCGAGUAUGGCUCCCCGCUCAUUGCGUCUGUCGUGGAAGGGCAUUUCGAUGCAAUGAAGCUUUUGCUGAGGCACAGGGCGAAGCUCUUCGCCUGCGGCGGAAAGUACGUGAGCCCUCUCUACCAAGCAGUUUCAUUCGACCGCCUGGACAUGGUCCAUGCGCUGCUGGAGAAGGGAGCCUGGUUGACGAGAGACUAUCGCGAACUGCUCGAUCUGGCGACCGAGCGGAACAACGACGAGAUUUACGAGGAGCUGCUUCGAUAUGACGUCCUUCAACUCGCAAAGAAACAUCUGCCAGGAAACGCAAGUUCAGCAUCUUCGGAUGCCGAUGGCCCCAGCGGCGACCAGGAGGCUGAAGUGGCGGUAUCGAAAUCAGUCGGAGCCAUCUGCCUUUUCGAGGCUUUCAGGCUAUACAACCGGCCCGGCAAGUGGACCGGCAUAAAACUCGUCAAAGUCUUGAAGGUAGGCUUCGAGCGUGGCUUGAAUGAUAAGAUUCUGGAGCAAAUCCGACCGCACAUACAUUCCUUCCCUACCCUCCAGAAGUUCUUUACCGAAGCAUUAGAUGACAUGUUUGGUGGUGGGAUUGGGCCGGUUCGGCAUACCGAGCCAAUUGAUGACCUGCCCAUACCCUCGAGAGCGCAAUUACGAGUCAAGUGA